GGAGUGGGGGGGGCGGGGCCACGGCGGCACGCGGGCUCCUUUUAACCCCCGUGCGCGGGGUUGUCUCAUCUCCGCGCUGCUCCCGCCUCUUCUUCAUCAUCGUCAUCCUCCUCCUGGCCGGUGUCCUGGGGAGCGCUCGGUGAGGUGGCGGCUGUAGCCGGGGUUUGAGGGAGCUUUGAAGAGGAUUCUCAUCUUGUCAACCACUCUAGUUGGUCUCCUGAAGAAAGUCCAGCUGCUGUGCCAUCACCUUCACCAAAGAACAUGGAGAAGUUGAUAUCGGAAAGGCCCACUUCAGUGUCUAAGGAUGAAAUGCCUACACAUCCUUCCCCAAAGAUGUCAGAGACGAACUCAUGCCCUCAUGCACCUGGCAAAUAUUUUCUCCCUAGUGGGAUGGACAAUGGGAAGUGCAAUGCUAAUGAGAAGGAAAUGGAGUGGAUCCGCCCUGAUGCACCUAGCAAAUGCACAUGGAAGCUUGGGAAACCUCUCUCUGCCUCCCCUCAUCGUCAUACUACCUUGCCAGAGCCUCUGAAAAUCCUGCCAAGCAUCCUGAAUAAAGUUGGCAAUACACCUUUGGUGCGAAUCAACAAGAUUGGGAAGCAGUUUGGGCUCAAGUGUGAACUCUUGGCAAAAUGUGAGUUUUUCAAUGCUGGGGGCAGUGUGAAGGACCGCAUCAGCCUGAGGAUGGUAGAGGAUGCUGAGAAGGCUGGGAUCUUGAAGCCUGGGGACACAAUCAUAGAGCCAACCUCUGGAAACACAGGAAUUGGGCUGGCCUUGGCUGCAGCAGUGAAGGGUUACCGCUGUAUCAUUGUGAUGCCAGAGAAAAUGAGCAUGGAGAAGGUGGAUGUCCUGAGAGCUCUUGGUGCUGAGAUUGUGAGGACCCCAACUACUGCCAGAUUUGAUUCUCCUGAAUCUCACGUGGGAGUAGCAUGGAGACUGAAAAAUGAAAUCCCCAAUUCACACAUACUAGACCAGUACCGUAAUGCUAGCAACCCCCUGACACACUAUGACACCACAGCUGAAGAGAUCCUGCAGCAGUGUGAAGGAAAAUUAGACAUGCUGGUAGCAACGGCUGGCACAGGAGGUACUAUCACUGGCAUCUCUAGAAAACUAAAGGAGAAGUGUCCAGGUUGCAAAAUUGUAGGUGUUGAUCCUGAAGGUUCCAUCCUUGCUAUACCAGAAUCGCUGAACAAGACUGACAAGACAAUGUAUGAAGUGGAAGGAAUUGGAUAUGAUUUUGUUCCCACAGUGUUGGAUAGAUCUACAGUGGACCAGUGGUACAAGAGCAAUGAUGAGGAGUCGUUUGCUAUAGCACGCAUGCUGAUCCGAGAGGAAGGACUGCUGUGUGGUGGCAGCUCAGGCAGUGCCAUGUCUGCAGCUGUGAAGGCAGCCAAAGAGCUGAAGGAAGGUCAGCGCUGUGUUGUUAUCCUCCCUGACUCUAUCAGGAACUACAUGUCCAAGUUCUUGAGUGACAAAUGGAUGAUUCAGAAAGGGUUCAUGAAAGAGGAAGACUAUGUCAAAAAACCUUGGUGGUGGAACAUAAGUGUUCAGGAACUAAGCCUUUCUGCUCCCCUGACUGUGCUUCCAACUGUUACCUGUGCAAAGACUGUUGAAAUUCUCCGGGAGAAGGGAUUCGACCAGGUACCGGUUGUUGAUGAAUCUGGGGUGAUUCUGGGCAUGGUUACUCUGGGUAACAUGCUUUCUUCACUGCUUGCUGGAAAAGUUCAGCCUUCUGAUGAAGUCAGUAAAGUAAUCUACAAGCAAUUUAAACAGAUUAACCUGAAAGACAACUUGGGGAAACUCUCUCAUAUCCUGGAAAUAGACCACUUUGCUUUAGUGGUGCAUGAACAAAUUCAAUAUCACAACGAUGGCUCCUCCAGCAAGCGCCAGAUGGUGUUUGGCGUCGUUACAGCCAUUGACCUCCUGAACUUCGUGACUGCACGAGAACGGGAAAGAAAAUCCAUCUGAAGCCAGGUAGCAAUGUGGAUGGAGCCUCUUCAACAACAUUUUGCAAUCUCCAACAAAGAAUCAGGUUUAUUUCUUAAGUAGAAUGGUCUGUCUUUAGGGUGUUGUUCUAAGUGUUUUGUUUAUUUUUUCCAAUAUUCCAAAACCAAGCAGUUAGCUAUCCUGGUGUAGGCUAAAUAGCCAGUGCAUUUUGCUGUAUCGCACAGCUUUUGGGGACUUGUCUCCUAAUCAGGUUACACAAUAUUUCUUAAGACAAUUUAUUUUUUUACCUAUAUAUGUAUAUAUAUGUGUAAAAAUAUUGCCUAAAUUAACUGCUGUGUUCUUUACUUGUUAUGUCUGAAGUCUGGCUUUCCAAAACAUUGUUUCAGAUUUAUAAAAUGUUGAAAUAAAGAAUUACUGAAGCAGAGGCCCA